ACAUACAGUGUACAGUUAAUCACGACGACGACAAAGAACGUAAACAGGAAGAUAGGAAAGGCACACAGUGGUUAUUGCGUGUUAUUGUCUUAAUAUUUUAUUUUGUGACUGAGGAUAUUUCUUCAGACCUGCAAAAUCAGUCAAAAUGGGGAAGCGACAGCACCAGAAAGACAAAAUGUACAUCACAUGUACAGAGUACACGAACUUUUAUGGAGGGAAACGAGCAGAAAUCCCACAAGGAAACUUCAGACGGCUUCCCUUCGACCACUGCAGCUUGUCCCUUCAGCCAUUUGAGUAUCCUGUCUGCACUGAGGAGGGAGUCGUCUUCGACCUGCUAAACUGGAAGCAAAGUCCCUCAUCAAACUUAACUUAGCCAAGAACAAUGAUGGAAAGUAUCACUGCCCUGUUCUGUACAACGUCUUCACAAAUAAUUCUCACAUUGUUGCCAACAAGGUCACCGGGAAUGUGUUUUCUUAUGAGGCAGUUGAGCAGUUAAACAUUAAGACCAAAAGUUUUAAAGAUCUGCUCACAGAUGAACCCUUCACAAGAAAAGAUAUUAUAACUCUUCAGGACCCCACAAACCUGGAUAAGUUCAACGUCUCCAACUUUUUCCAUGUCAAGAACGACCUGAAAGUGUUGGACCCAGAUGAGGAAAAGGCUAAGCAGGACCCAGCAUACCAUCUGAAGACCACCAAUCUGGAGACGAGGGAGACUUUAGCGGAGCUUUAUAAAGAAUACAAAGGGGAUGAACUGCUGGCUUCCACCAUGAAGGAGCCGCAGGCCAAGAAGACGGACAAAUUAAAUGCUGCUCAUUACUCCACAGGAAGAGUUUCUGCCUCGUUCACAUCCACGGCUAUGACUCCUGCCACAACACACGAAGCAGACGCUAUUGCAGACGACACUGUGCGUUACCAGUAUGUGAAGAAAAAGGGAUACGUACGCCUGCAUACAAACAAGGGAGACCUGAAUCUUGAGUUGCACUGUGAUAAGGUUCCCAAAGCGGGCGAGAAUUUCGUCCGUCUGUGCAAAAAGGGCUACUACGAUGGAACGAUCUUCCACAGGUCCAUCCGGAAUUUCAUGAUUCAAGGAGGAGACCCGACUGGCACAGGCACAGGAGGCGAAUCCUUCUGGGGAAAACCUUUCAAGGAUGAGUUUCGUCCCAACCUAUCCCAUACCGGCCGGGGGAUUCUCAGCAUGGCAAACUCUGGUCCAAACACCAACAAAUCUCAGUUCUUCAUCACAUUUCGAUCGUGCACCUACCUCGACAGGAAGCACUCAGUAUUUGGAAGGGUGGUCGGUGGAUUUGAGACUCUCACAGCCAUGGAGAACGUGGAGAGCGAUGCCAAAACAGACAAACCAAAGUCGGAGAUCAAGAUCAUAAGCACGACGGUGUUCGUGGACCCGUAUGAAGAAGCUGAUGCACAGAUUGCUGCGGAGCGAGAAAAGGAGCUACAGAAGCAGGAGGAGGAGAAACAGCAGGCCAACAUCGCCCUGAAGAAAGCCAAGGAGGAGCAGGCGCCAAAAACCUUCAAAGCAGGUGUUGGAAAAUACAUCAACCCUGCCACAAUAAAACGUUCAGCUGCUGAAGAUGAAAGCGGUCCGUCCACCAGCGGCACGGCAGCCAAGAAGUCCAAAGGCAAAACCAGCUUCGGAGACUUCAGCUCCUGGUAGCACUGACACGUUCUCAAUUUACCAGAUUGUAUCUUUACUGGUCAGAAUGGCAACCAGCAGAAUUACUUUUAUUCUUUUUUUUGUGUAAUGUUUUUCUUCUCUCAGUAGCAUCGGCUUUUUGACAACUAUCAAUUAAAGCUCCUUUUUUCAUAAA